AUGUCCCGUUCAUCCAGUCCCGCAGCCCACUGGGAUCACCUCGAGGCCUGGUUGAGCGCAAUGACGGACACCGUCCUACCCAAGGAUGCCAGGGACCUACAGCCCCUAGGUCGAGAGCAACUGGACGCCGAAUUGGACAGCCUGAUGGCCCACGAUCCAACACGGAGCUACAACCACAAAGAAUGGACCAAGAUCAUCGGAAGUCUUGCCCACAAUCUCGUCGCCCAGGCACGGAAAAAUGAGAAAAGCAACCUCGACCUGGAGCAGGAGGCCGCAGCACUAAAACUCCAAGCUGAGGAGGCCCGUAGGAACCAAACCAAAACUCAGAGUCAACUAGAUCAGCUACGCCUCGAGGCCGAGGAACAACGAAAGGAAGAGGAUGAAACGGACCCAGAACAGAAAAAGGAAGUAGAAAGACUUCAAAAUGCCCUGGAAAACCUUCGCCGAGUCACAGACCAAAGAGAACAGUCAGAGAGAACAGCCAGAGAGGAACUCGACGAAAAGUUGCAACAAGCCGAGUCUCUCCUUACAAGAGCAGAGACUGCACUAAAAGACAGAGAUGCUAAAGCCAGAGCCUGUGAAAAGCACCUGAACAUGGCCCGAGCUGAAAUCCAUGAACUUAUUCAGCACAGAGACCAUCUCCAAUAUGAAAUUGACACUGUUCACAAUGAACUGAAACAUCUUGACAAGCUGGCCAGAAACAUCCCUACCUUCACCCCAAAUCCUGCAGGAGGCCACGACGUGCACGCCUACCUGCAAGACAUAGACUUUCACUUGCACACUGUUCCCAACGUGACCAUGCGGGACAGAGUGUACCUGCUAAGAAUUACGUCUAGCCGCGACGUGCGCAGCUUCCUGGAUCGACAACCAGAGACUGUCAAAUCAGACUACCUACAGCUACGGCAGGCCUUCAUCAGAGAAUUCUCUGAUCCAGAGUCAGAACAAGGACUCAUCGCCGCUAUGGACCUCAAACAGGCCCGACUGGAAAUUCCACAGGCCUACUACAGCCGCAUCCGACGAGCCUACUUCGGAGCACGGAACAAACCUGGUAUGGAAGAAGAUUUCAACUUCAAAACUCUUUUCCUCCGGAACCUGCAUCCCACGGUGAGCCAUCACUUAGGGGUCCUGGCCUGCCCUCGUAGCAUGACUACCCAACAGCUGCGAGACUUAGCCCAUAAAGCUUUCACCAAGCAGAAGAUUGCUUCUGAA